AUGGGGAAAAAACGCAAGAAUGCCGUGCCUGUUGAGCAUGACUACGAACCUCCCCCAAAGAAGCGGCCCUUGACGACACCUUUGCCCGAAGGCGUCCAUCAUUACGAGAGUAUUGAGGAGGUUCCCUGGGACAUCCAGAAGUAUUGGCAUCAGGGCUACUCAAUCUUCUCGAAAUAUGACGACGGUAUCUGGAUGACUGAUGGUUCAUGGUAUGAGGUCACCCACGAGUCGGUCGCGAAUACCAUUGCACAACACAUGGCAGAAGCUGUUCCAGAGGGCAAGUCAAUCAUCUUCGAUGUCAUGUGUGGCGUUGGGGGAAACACUAUCGCAUUUGCGCUCUCCGGGAAAUGGAAACGGGUCUAUGCGAUUGAGAAGGAUGCCGCUACUCUGGCCUGUGCCAAACACAAUGCCGAAAUCUACGGCGUGGCUGAUCGGAUCACCUGGUUCCAGGGAGAUUGCUUCGAGAUUCUAGGCCUGGAUGAGACCAAGAAGGAAAAUACGGUAGAGGCGCUUAAAACGAUUGCCAGCACUUAUGGUGUUAUUUUCGCCAGUCCCCCGUGGGGAGGACCUGGAUACCGAGAAGCUGAAGUCUUCGAUCUCGAGGCAAUGCAGCCGUACCCUUUCAGCCAUCUCUACGAAUCCUUCAAGAAGCUGACUCCUAACGUGGUGCUGUACCUGCCGAGAACUAGCGACCUGCGGCAAAUUGCUAAAGUAGUUGGGGAGGACAAGAGGACUCAAAUUGUGCAUUACUGCACCAAAGGCAGCAGCCGGGCCUUGUGUGCAUACCUGGGAGACUGGGCAUCGCUGAAGUUGUGA